UUCCAAGGAGUGACUGACAUCUUUCCUUUUUCCUCUCAUUACAAGGUCGGAAGUAAAUUCAUAUAUUAUAAACACAGAGACCAGGUUCAAUUCGACUCACCUAGUCCUUAACCAAAACCUCAUUCAUUGUUCAGGCUCCUGAUUUUCUUUUUCCCAGGAGAUUCAUUCAUUGCUUGAAGGACUGUCUGUGUUGUUCGAUGUUAUUGGGAAAACAUGAAGUUCUGCAAAAAAUACCAGGAGUACAUGCAAGGCCAGGACCUGGAGAAGAAAAAGCUUCCUGCUGUUGGCUUCAAAAACCUCAAAAAGAUCUUGAAAAAGUGCAGGAGAGACUGUGAAUCUCUCUGUCAAUCCCAGAAAAACAUUCAAGCAGCUGAAGCUGCAGCCUCCCCUGGCCUCAGAACCUGCCCUGAUCACUGCUCAGUGUGUGAUGGGACCUUCUUCCCUUCCCUUCUCAAUGAAAUGUCAGAGAUAGUUGGCAGCUUCAAUCAGCGUGCACAGGAGUUACUGGAGCUGCAUCUCGCUUCUGGCGUCAAGAAGUACAUUUUCUGGUUCAAAGGCAAAUUACGAGGGAAUCACACUGCUCUAGUUCAAGAAGGACAAGAUCUGGUCAAUUAUGCACUCAUCAAUGCCAUUGCAAUUCGAAAAAUACUCAAGAAAUAUGAUAAGAUUCAUUCUUCCAAGCAAGGGCAAUUGUUCAAGUCUCAAUUCCAGAGCAUGCACAAGGAAAUUCUUCAAAGCCCCUGGCUUUAUGAGCUGAUGGCUUUCCACAUCAAUUUACGGGAAACCAAGGUGGAGUCAAGCAAGGCACCUGCUUUGUUUGAUCAAUUUUUUCUCACAUUUAAGGAUGGAAAACCAUCACUUACUUGUGAGCUCUUUGAUUCUAUCAAAAUUGAUAUUGACUUGACCUGUCCUAUAUGCUUGGACACAGUGUUUGAUCCAGUUUCACUGACUUGCGGCCAUAUAUUCUGCUAUAUGUGUGCUUGCUCGGCUGCAUCAGUAUCUAUUGUUGAUGGACUUAAGUCAGCCGUUACUAAGCAGAAAUGUCCUCUGUGCCGCGAGAAUGCUGUCUAUGAAGGUGCUGUGCACUUGGAAGAACUAAACAUUCUGUUAGGCCGAAGAUGUCCAGAAUACUGGGAGCAAAGACUUCAGUCAGAGAGGGUAGAGAGGGUUAAGCAAAUAAAGGAACAUUGGGAAUCACAGUGCAGAGCAUUCCUGGGUGUAUAAUUGUAGUUUUAGGCUAGAAGGCCUCAUACAUUUGUUUGAUUAUAGUUUUACAUGUGUUUCUUAUGAUCAUUGUAAAGAAAGUGAAUGUGCUUUCAAACUAUCUGUAAGGUUAUCAAUGGAGUGUUCUUCAAUAAGGGAUUAUUAUUAUAUUACCCUGUUACUUAACCUAUUUUUGGUCUA